AUGAAGUUCACCAACAUUGUUCUGGCUGCUAGCGCCGCAACUGUGGCCUGCGCCUACCCCCGAGGACGGGACGUUAUUCCCACUAAGCAGACCGCUGAUAUCAAGAAGCGUGGGAAUGGAUUCACUUGGGUCGGUGUGAGCGAGUCUGGUGCCGAAUUCGGCCCAGGCAACGUUCCCGGUACUCUGGAGAAGGACUACGUCUGGCCCAAGACCUCCCAGAUUCAGAUCCUGAGAGAUGCCGGCAUGAACAUCUUCCGUGUUCCCUUCUUGAUGGAGCGCCUGGUGCCCUCCAGCAUGACCGGAUCCCCGGAUGCGACUUACCUGGCCGCCCUUAAGUCGACUGUCAAGUUCAUUACCGACAGCGGUGCCUAUGCCGUCCUUGAUCCCCACAACUACGGAAGAUACAAUGGCAACAUCAUCACCUCCACCUCCGACUUCAAGGCCUUCUGGAAGACCGUUGCUACCCAGUUCGCCUCCAACGAGAAGGUCGUCUUCGAUACUAACAACGAGUACCACGAUCUUGACCAGACCCUCGUCCUGAACCUGAACCAGGCCGCUAUUGACGCUAUCCGUGCCGCUGGUGCCACCAGCCAGUACAUCUUUGUUGAGGGCAACUCCUGGAGCGGCGCCCACUCCUGGACCGCUAACAACGACAACCUGAAGGCCCUGACCGAUUCCGAGGACAAGAUCGUCUACGAGAUGCACCAGUACCUUGAUGGCGACAGCUCCGGCACCUCUGAGUCUUGCGUCAGCGCUACCAUUGGUAAGGAGCGUCUCGAAUCCGCCACCGCCUGGUUGCAGGACAACAACAAGCGUGGUUUCAUCGGUGAGUUCGCCGGUGGUGUUAACAGCGUCUGCGAGUCUGCCGUCGAGAACAUGCUCUCCUACAUGGCCGACAACAGCGACGUCUGGAUGGGCGCCGAGUGGUGGGCUGCCGGUCCCUGGUGGGGAUCUUACAUGUACAGCUUGGAGCCCGCUGACGGCCCUGCUUACGCUACCUACCUUCCCAUCCUUGAGAAGUACUUCGUCGAUGGUUCUUCCACCCCUACCAAGCCCUCUGCUACUUCCACCACCACCAAGGCCGCCCCCAAGACCACCACCACCACCGCUGCUAAGACUACCACCACCGCCAAGGCACCCACCACCACCACUGCCGAGGUUAAGGUCACCACCACCGCCAACCCCAACGUCCAGGUCCCCACCUCGUCUUCCAGCUCAUCUUCCAGCUCUACCACCACCGCUGCCGCUAAGACUACCGUUGUUGUUGCUCCUAUUGUCCCCACCACCACCACCGCCCCGACUACCUUCGUCACUGCCACCACCACUGCCAAGGCCACUGCCACGACUGCUGCUACAACCACUGUCAAGAGCUACGAACAGGUACCUACGGACAGCCCCUCUACUGGAAACAUUGCUAAGCACUAUUACCAGUGCGGUGGCAUCAACUGGACUGGACCCACUGUUUGUGAGGCUGGAACCACCUGUGUUGUUCAGAACCCCUACUACCACCAGUGCGUUAGCGCUCUUUAA